AUGUGUUCCACUUUUGAUUUAAAUUGUGAGACGUGUUCUGUUGACUCAAGUCGUGUUUGUACAACAUGUAGAAGCGGUCUUCGUCCAAACACAACAAGUGGGAAGUGUGUUGGGUGUGGGUUGCACUGUGUAUCUGGUGCAUGUGACCCAACGAGUGGGAUUUGCAAUCAAUGUGUUACAAAUUACGUGUUUCAGAGCACAAAUACUGACCAAUGCGAGAGCUGUUCGACAUUUGACGCUAAUUGCAUCACAUGCGCAUCAGACCCAACAAGGAAGUGCAAACAAUGCAACACGGGGUAUUACCCGAAGACAUCAGGCGACUACAAGUGUCAGAGUUGUGAUGUAACAUGUGGUGGAAAGUGUGACACAACAACUGGAGUGUGUGCUGGGUGCCAAAGUGGGUAUGUGCCAACAUCACCAAUCACAAAUAAGUGUGUCACGUACAACACUUUUGACACAAAUUGUGUUGAGUGUGUUGAUGAUAAGAGAGAGUGUGCAAUAUGUCAGAGUGGGAUGUAUCCAAACAACGUGAAACAUUCACUCUCUGUGAUGCAAGUUGUACUGGGCAAUGCAACACAUCAACUGGUGUCUGCACAGGCUGUACUACAAACCACGUCUUUACUGAUCCGCCAGGAAAAGUACUUUUCAAGAAAGUGCAAAGUGUGUGCAAAUGGGUUCUAUCCUGACGAUGCAUCUGGCAAAUGUGUUGCGUGUGCGACAAUAACAAAUUGCAACACGUGUUCAUCUGAUACAAAGAAGUGUUUGGCGUGUAAAGAUCCGUUUAUUCAGAAAAGUGGUGGUUGUGAAAGCUGUCCGAUUGGCGAAUAUAAGUUCAGUGAAACAACAUGCAUAAAGUGUUACAACACAAUUGACAAUUGUAACACUUGUGAUACAAUAUCUGUUGGCAAAGCAAAUUGCACUGCUUGUAUCUACCCUCACGUUUUUAAUGGCACAAAAUGUGAAUUGUGCCAACCAAAUGAAUAUUAUGACAACACAACAGGCACCCCAAAGUGUGUUAAGAAUGAUAUUAACUGUGACAUUUUAUCAAACAAAGAAAAUUGUCUGGACUGCAGUGACACUUUCUUUGUUUCCAACUCAAAAUGUGUUUCAUCUGGUGGUUGUGAAUCACCGACUUUAACUUCGUGUGACUGUUCAGACCAAAUAUCGAUCAACUCAAAAUGUACAUCACAAAUAGAACAUUGUAAAUACCAGAAAUCAGAGAAGGGUGUUUCGACGUGUAUUACAUGUGAUGAUGAUAAUAUUCUGAACUACGGUGGUGUGUGUGAACAACAGAGUGUGUAUGGGUUGGUGAGAAAUGGUGUUGCUUUUGGUUGCAAAUUAGGAACGUAUUUGACAAAUCAAAACACGUGUGACAGUUGUAGUGGAUCAAAUGCAGUUUGCACAACUCAAAACAAGUUUUUGAAGUGCGGUGAUUCAACAAUACUUGAUAUAGAACAGAUGGCGUGCACCACCGAUACACAAUGUAAUUCAGUUGUCGAUGGACUGUGUGUUCAAUGCAAAGAAAACGACUUUGAAAUUAGCAAAGGAAGGUGUUCGAAAUGUGAGACUGAAAAUUGUGACCUGUGUGUUGGAAGAAAGUGUCAAAUAUGCAAAUUAAAUUACUUGAUGUACAGCGCUAAUCGGUGUGUUAACAAGGAACAGGUCAAUUGUGAACGUAUAAGUAAAAAUGGAUGUGCACAAUGUAAAGCCGGAUAUUAUCAAGUUGACACUAAUAACAUUGAAGGCAAGUACGACUUCUGCACAAAAACAGAUGUUGAGUUGCACUGCAAAUACUACUCACUUAAUACCACAAAAUGUAUUGAGUGCCAAGACGGCUUCAACAUGAAAGUUGGGGUGUGUGCUGAACAAUUUGAUGAUCUCAAUAAAGUCAAGACACAAAAUGUGUCAGUAAUUAACAAGAAAAAUAAACUAAAAUCACAAGAAGAAAUCGACUGUUUGACAAGAAAUAACAAAGGAUGUCAACGAUGUCCAAGUGGGUAUUACCUGAACAAAAAUGGUUGA